CUCACCAUGAGAUAUGAAUAACUGCAGCGGAUGGGUAAAGGUGAGGAAGACAGUAAUUUAUGAGCUCUGUCUGGAUACAAACGAUUAACAAACAGCAUUACUGCGACUUUUUAACUUGUAUUUGUUGUUAGAAGCAACAGGGAGUCGUUUGAAUCGGUUUUGAACCGGUAAACAAGCACAGCGGGACGCUAGUGUUUUUGUUUACAUACGUCUAUUUAUCCCUACGCACGUUGUCUUAACUUUUUGUCUGUUGACAGCAACUUUUUAAGGCUGUCAUCGAUAUUUUCUUCGAUUAUAUGACUUGUCAAUUGUGAAGACAACAUUUUUCAUCAAUGAGAUGGGAUUUACCGGCACAAGGGAAGUAUUGUGGGACUGUGCGUCUGUUUUAUUCGGAAAAUCAGCCUCCUGAACCUGCCCGGAUACUUUAGUGUGUUUAUUUUUAUUAUCCAUGGAGUCUGUUGGGAAGUUUGAGUUCAGCAGGAAAGACCUGAUUGGUCACGGUGCCUUUGCAGUUGUGUUUAAAGGCAGACAUAAAGAGAAACGUGACUGGGAGGUUGCUGUGAAGUGUAUCAACAAGAAAAACUUGGCCAAAUCACAAUCUCUUCUUGGCAAAGAAAUCAAAAUAUUGAAGGAACUCAAACAUGAGAAUAUUGUUAGACUACUGGACUAUCAGGAAAUGGGAGGAUGUGUGUAUCUAGUCAUGGAGUACUGCAACGGAGGUGACCUGGCAGAGUACCUCCACUCUAAGGGCACGUUAAGUGAGGACACCAUCCGUGUAUUCUUACAGCAGAUUGCUCAGGCUAUGAAGGUUCUGCAGAGCAAAGGCAUCCUCCACAGAGACCUGAAACCCCAGAACAUCUUGCUCUGCCACACAGAGGGGCGCAGGUCCAGUCCCAUCAAUACCUGCAUUAAGAUAGCUGAUUUUGGGUUUGCGCGUCACCUCCAGACAAACACUAUGGCAGCAACGCUGUGUGGCUCUCCCAUGUACAUGGCUCCUGAGGUCAUCAUGUCCCAGAACUACGAUGCCAAGGCUGAUCUGUGGAGCAUAGGCACUAUCGUCUACCAAUGUCUGACUGGAAAGGCACCAUUUCAUGUCAGCCAGUUAACUACAAAGGCCAGCACACCACAGGAACUCCGUCUCUUCUAUGAAAGCAACAGGACCCUCUUACCCAGCAUCCCCAAGGAGACUUCUAGUAACCUAAGACAUCUACUGUUGCGGCUCCUUCAAAGAAACCACAAGGAACGGAUCACCUUUGAUGAGUUUUUCCACCAUCCUUUCUUGGAGACAAGCUCAUCCACAAAGAAGUGCUCUCCAGCUCCUAUGCUCUCCUACCCCAGUUCUGGCUCAGGCAGCUCCUCUAGCAGCUCCUCCACAUCCCAUCUGGCCUCCCUUCAACAUUCCGAUGGAGAGAUGCACCGACUGCAGCCCAAGGUACCGUGCUCCCCUACGCAGGAUACCCCCGGCUUCCUGCUGAAAGAAAUUGCCAAUCGAGACAGUAGGAACACCUCAUCUUACACUGAAGACUAUGUCAUGGUACCUGCUCAGUUUCUCAGUGAGUACACAUGUGAGGCAGAAGGUGGGUCACCCAUUGAGAGUUGCCUGAUAUACAGCGGGACCUCACUACUGGCUGAGAGAGGUCCCGGAGCUGCAGACAGGAUGCCUCCCCCGUCUCCCCUGCUACACUGUCCCUCCAAGCUUGCUAGCAAGCCUGUUGAAUUCGGCGGCAGUAACCGCAGUCGCUCGGAGCCCAUUCCUGUCCCAACUCAGAUCCAAAACUACCAGCGUAUGGUGCAGCCUGUAGGCCUUCAUGGCUCCACCAGGGUCACACUCUGCUGUGCUGGGAGCAGCAAUGAAAGCUCCCCACAAUGUGGAGGGUGUAGAUCUCCGGCUUCAGGCUUCAACCCCUACUCCUCAAGGCUGGCAACUGGAGGAGCCAGACCACAGCAGUCCUCCCCACUUGUGGGAACUACGCCAAAGACCCCAGAGCAGUCUCUCCCUCUCUGUACAAGAACUGGGCGGUUCGCUGUCUCUCCUGACAUGCAGGACACUUUCAUCCCCAAGGUUCACUCAAGAAUGCCCAGCCGAAUCAGGACAGUCCCGGACCUGCAAUCCCUUGAUCUGUCUCCUGCUACCCAGACCGACCUCAGCAGGAAAUCAGCCAAUAAAAUUGGCCCUGCUAAAAGAUCACUGAGCACAGGCAGGCUGUCUGACAUGCUUCUCAAGGCUGCCUUUGGAGCUCAACUUCUAGAUGAAGGAAGUGACGACAGCCUCGGCUAUGAGAAGAGCAUGGACACCACAGCUCCACCUACUGGUUGUCAUACAGGAUUUCCUUCCCCUGACAGCUCGCCUGUUGCAGUCUUCACUGUGGGUUCUCCAUACAAAGAAAACACUCCUCCUGAUACUGUGGUAUCAAGGAUGUUCACAGGCUCCCCCAGCUACAUUAACUCAGCCUGGCUACUCAACAGUCGCCUUCUUCAGCGAGGAAGCCGUAGAAACAGUGAGACUGAAGCUAUGGAUGCUACUCCACACUGUAAUCUGGUCUUUCACCCUCCAGAGCUGCCUGAAGAUACACUGAUGGAGCAGGCACACACAGAUGCUCUGAGUGACCUCCGUUUCACCUUGGCUUUUGUCCACUGUGUUAUGGAAUUGGCUUCUUCUAAGGAGCCAGGGCUGGAUACCAUCAGCAGUCCUGAUGUUUCCUUGUUAGAGCAGAGUUUGGUGACAGAUCAGAUCAGCCUCUUAAGUAGAGAGUGGAGCUAUGCAGAGCAGUUAGUGUUGUACAUGAAGGCUGAAGAGUUUCUGUCAGCAGCACUGCACAGUGCUAAAGGGAAUAUCAAGCAAGGUCGAGUCCUUCCCUCUGCCACAGUCAAACAAGUAAUCAAGAAGCUGAAUGAGUUGUACAAGACCUGCGUAACAUGUUGUCGCUCCCUCACCAAUCGGCUUCAGAGUUUCCUGCUUGACAAACAGAAGCUUAUGGAUCGCUUCAAUGGACUCACAGCAGAGAAGCUCAUCUACAACUACACUGUGCACAUGGUACAGUCUGCCGCUUUAGAUGAGAUGUUCCACUAUGGUACAGCAUCAGUCCAGCGCUACCAUAAAGCCCUUCUGCUGAUGGAGGGUCUGUCCCGAGUCAUUACGGAGCAAAAGGACAUUGACAGCAUAGAUAAAUGUAAGCAGUGUAUUGAGCGACGUCUCUCAGCUCUGCAGACUUAACUGUGUCCAUGAGCCCUACAACUACAUUUUCUUUCCUCAUCCAUCUCCCUUCAAUGUACAAUAGAUGGAUUCUCCAAGGUUGUUGAUACACAGAAGCACUUUGAUCUUUCUUAAGGGAAAUGACCACUGGAGCAUCUGCUCCUGUCCCACUACCCAGUCUAUAAUCCUGACAUUUGCACAGAAAAGACUGAAAGUCCUUUUUCGGACACUUUCUUGAAGACAGAUUGUUUUAUGAUUGUUUGAAUACUUUGAUCAGGUAACAUUUUUUCUCAGUAUUUGUUUUGUUACAAACUGUACAUGUUAGUGUGUUUUUUGUGUUUUGCACAUAGAAUACUCUGAUCAAAUUAUAAUUGAUUUUAAUGUGUUGUACUUGAAACAAAGAUUAAUUAGUUAGGUUGUUUUCUGUAUUUGAAGCUUUUGUGUUGCGUGUACAGUAAAAGUUCACCAGCCAACAUCAGUCAAAAGAUCUUGAAUGAGAUGACCAAAUAUUGCAAAUUCGUAGCAAUACUAGUAAAACUGUGCCUGCUUCAUUUUUCUUACAGUAGAGAUUUAAAGAUAAUGAGAGUAUGUUUUGACGUCACACAAAACACCUGUCUAACGGUCAUGUAGACUUGCAUCAUGAAAUGUAUUAAGUAUAUUUUGACAACUGAAUGAAAUUUUAGUGUUACAACAACUGAUCCAACAAUGGCCUCCCUCAGGUAGAGAUGUACUCCGUAAUGAGGUACUUUAAGUGACAUUAACUGCAUGCCACAUCUCUUGUGUUUAUCUGUUGUAUGUGUGUAUGUGUGCAUCAUUGGUUUUUAUUUUUCAGCUGUGCAAAGUUUGGCAGUACAGAUGUAAGUGUGUAAAACAAAAAAGUGUUAAUUUGUGAAUGAAUUCACACAUGAUUUUUGACUGCCUGAUAUUACUAAGUUACUUACUUAAGUUUGUUUUAGAAUUUAUCAAAAUGCCUUUUCUACUGUCACUUUAUGACUGCCAGUCAAAUUUGCCAAAAUGAGUUGUUACAUACUGUGUGAUGAAAAUAAAUAAUAUUUAUUGUCA